AUGCGGCCGCCCCCGGCCGCGCUGCUCCUCGUGCGCCUCAGCUGCGCUCACCUCGUGCAAUGGACGUACCAAGAGGGGGAGCUGGACGAGGAGCACUGGGCAAAGCACUUUGCCGACUGCGCCGGCGAGCACCAGUCCCCCAUUGACAUCCAGAAGAAGAAAGUGGUCUAUAAGCCCGACCUGCCGCAGCUGGAGCUGCACGGCUACGACGGGCCCUUGCAGGGCAGCGUUACCAUGACCAACAACGGCCACUCGGUGCAGAUCGAGCUGCCGCCCAGCCUGCGCAUCUCCGGCGGGCUCGCGGGGCGCUACACGGCCGUGCAGAUGCACCUGCACUGGGGCGGGCUGGACCUGGAGAGCAGCGGCUCCGAGCACACCGUGGACGGCAUGAGGUACCUGGCCGAGCUGCACAUUGUCCAUUACAACUCUGCAAACUACUCGAGCUUCGAGGAGGCAAAAGACAAGCGCGAUGGGCUGGCUGUGCUCGCCUUCCUCUACGUGGAUGGACACCUCGAGAACACCUACUACAGCGAAUUCAUUUCCAAGCUGGCCCAAAUCAGGUUUGCAGGCCAAUCCACGCAGCUCGCUUCCCUGGACGUCCGGGCCAUGCUGCCGGAAAACCUGUCGCGCUUCUACAGGUACCAGGGCUCGCUGACGACCCCGCCGUGCUCCGAGAGCGUCACCUGGACCGUCUUCGAUGACCCUGUCGUCCUGUCACACACGCAGAUCAGCCUCCUGGAGAGCACCUUGCUGGACUGGCACAACAGGACCCUGCGCAACGACUACCGGCGCGCGCAGCCGCUGCACGGGCGCGCGGUGGAGGCCUCCUUCAGAGCCCCAGAACCAUGUCAUCCCGAGGAGCUCAAGCUCAGGCUGGAACAAAUCCAGAUGCAGCUCCAGGACAUGAAGAAAGAGCUGCUGGAUGGAGUGAGUCACAUGGGUGUUAAAUCCAGCACGUUCCCGGCUUUCUACUUCCCAGCAGAGAACAUUGAGAGCUGCGUGACCGUGCAGCCCCUGCACCACAUGGCUCUCCAAGCCUUCACGCUUUGCUUCUGGGCGCGAGCGCCGCCGGGCAGCACGCAGACCGUGCUCUCCUACUCCACGCGGCAGCGGGACGACGAGCUCGUGGUGACCGUGGGCUCGGCCGUGGGGCUGUGGCUGGGAGGCCGCUCCACGAGCUUCCCCGUGCACCGCGGCACGCAGAGCUGGCUGCACCACUGCGUGGCCUGGGCCGCCCCGUCGGGGCUGGCGCAGCUGUGGCUCAACGGCGCCGAGGGCGAGGGCAAGAGCAUCCAGAAAGGCUACGAGACCCGGGCCGGGGGGACGCUGCUGCUGGGGAAAGACCGGGACAUGCUGCUUGGCACCUUCGCCAACGGCUUCACGGGCUGGAUGAGCCACGUGAACCUGUGGAGCCGAGUGCUGAGCCCUGCGGAGGUGCGGGCGCUCGCCCUGUGCAAAGCGGGGCGGGCGAAGGGGGACGUCAUAGCGUGGGGAGAGACCCCCCUUGCCCUGGCGGGGGGCGUGGUGCUGGGGCCUGACACCAGCUGUGAGUGA